CUAAACCUGUAGGAAGUGAAGCCAGCUUGCCACGUUCCUGGCAACGAAGCCUCUUCAUCACAGGUCAAACUGUAUCAGCAAUCUGCCCUGAUCCGAAUCCUCCGUUUUGUACCAUGCAUCUCGAGAGUCUCAUCGAAGAUCUCGGCAGUUUUGGUCGCUAUCAGAGAUGCAUCGUCUGUGUUCUCGCACUGUGUAAAGCCCUUACCGCUCCAUCUAUGAUGACAAUGGCAUUCGCAGGGGUUGAACCCGAUUGGUGGUGCGAGUCACGUGAUCAGGAUGACGCCGCCAUUUUCACAAAUGGCAGUUACCAAAAUUGUCAGUGGAAUGAGACUUGUCAGAGAAUAUUUGAGUCCGAAACGGUAACCAUAGUAUCAGAGUGGAACCUCGUAUGUGGCAAGAGGUGGGUCAGUGAUAUCAUUAUCUCCAUACAAAUGGUUGGUGUCCUUUUCGGCAGCAUAAUUGCAGGCUACUGCGCUGACAGAUACGGUCGGAAGAAGGUGGUCUACGGUGGACUGGUCUUGAGCACCAUCAGCAACCUCACAGCUUCUUUCUCUGUGUCCUGGGUCAUGUUUACUGUGAUCCGAGUCAUCAUCGGACUGGCGGUUGGAAUGACACUGUCAUGCUGCUUCCUGUACCAAUUGGAAUUUGUGGGAAAGAAAUGGCGAGGGGUGUGUGCCACGAUCCCGUCCUGGUCCCUUGGUAUAGUGCUAUUUGCUGUUUUUAGUUGGAUCCUCCGGAACUGGAAGUGGCUACAUCUAGCAAUCGCUGCAUUCAACAUUCCCUUGCUGCUGACAUGGUUUGUAAUGCCAGAGUCACUCCGCUGGUUAGCUGUGAAAGGACGUCUUGAGGAGGCGAGGCGCGUCGCUAACAGGAUUGCGAAGUUCAACAAGAAGACCGUUCCAGACCUGUCCAUCUUGGAGCUGAUAGCCGAGGAAGAGAAGGCGGAAGGGGUCAAAGCUAAAUCCUAUUCCUACAUAGAUCUAAUCCGAACCAGGAAACUGAGGUCCAGAACUCUGAUAACAUGUUUUAUUUGGUUCUCUCUGUCCAUCGUGUACUAUGCCAUUUCGUUUGGUGUGAACAACCUGUCAGGCGACUUCUAUCUGAACCUGCUGAUCAUGGGGCUUCUGGAGGUUCCGAUGGCUCUCGUACAGCUCUUCAUGGUCUCAGUGUUCAGUCGGCGUUGGGCGUGCGCUAUACUGUUCUUGCUCUCAGCUGUUGCCUGUUUUGGUGUUGCCAUAGUAACAAAGCUAGCUCCCACAGAUAUCAAAGUGCCGCUAGAAAAUGGAUUUGCAAUCUCCGCCAAAUUAUUCAACAUCAGUGCAUGGUUAUUGGCUCUGGCGUUGUCAAGUGAACAGUUCCCUACUGUUGUCAGAAACUUGGCACUUGCUGGUCUAAACACAGUUGCGAGAAUUGGAGGGAUUAUGGCAGCUCAGAUAUUUUCUUUGGGUUCCAAGGACGAUCUGUUGCCACCUUUCGUCGCCAUGGGAAUUUUUAUGUCCUUUACAGCAUGGUCAUGCUUUGGCCUUGAGGAGACAAGCAAAACGCCAUUAGAGGAUACAAUGAAGAAAUAUACAAGAGAAAUAUCGAAUGAAAAGACAGAAGAAAUUCUCCUAAAAGGUAUUCCUUUGAUAAGGAAUGGUACUGUUGAUGCGAAAGGAGACAAUCCUAAAGCGGAAGAAGAAGAUAUUAAUUCAAUACAAUGUGGUGAUUAUGACAAAGGAAGUAUGUGUCAGUCAAGGGUGCAAAUAACUGUGGAGCUGAUUGAUAACAGUGCGCCAAAGGAAGAUGAGCAGUCAGAACAUGAUACCUAGGCCCUGAGAGUGUACAGUUCAGAUUUCGAGAAUGGGUGGUGACAAACAAAUACAUAAGUAUGCUAUCUAACGAUGAAAUAACAACAAAGAUUGAAUGACUAUAAUUGAUUGUAAUAAUUAUCAACAACAGUGUUUCCAGUCAGUUAUGGUAAGUUAUUCAAUUUAAAUUUAAAUGAUAUCUACUAAAAACAAUGUUCAGAUUA